AUGGUGUCUUCCUACCCUUUACCGGAUGGUUUCUCAGACUUUGAUGUAUUCUCUUUGGGAUCUUGUCUGCUAGUGGAGGGUCUUCUGGGAUUCUUCCUGAAUGCUGUGACAGUCGCUGCUUUCCUCAAAAUAAGAGAACUGAGAACCCCCAGCAAUUUCCUAGUCUUGAGUUUGGCAUUGGCCGAUAUGGGCAUCUCUACGAACGCAACCAUUGCUGCUUUCUCCAGUUUUCUGAGGUACUGGCCCUAUGGCUCUGAUGGCUGCCAGACUCAUGGCUUCCAGGGUUUCGUGACAGCUCUCGCCAGCAUCCACUUCAUUGCUGCCAUUGCAUGGGACAGAUACCACCAGUACUGCACAAGGACAAGGCUACAGUGGAGCAGUGCCAUCACUCUGGCUAUUUUCAUCUGGCUGUUCACCGCCUUCUGGUCAGCCAUGCCCCUCAUCGGCUGGGGAGAGUAUGACUACGAACCCCUCAGGACAUGCUGUACCCUGGACUACAGCAAAGGAGACAGCAACUAUGCAUCCUACCUGAUCCCCAUGGCCAUUUUCAACAUGGCAAUCCAGACCUUUGUUGUCAUGUCCUCCUACCAGUCCAUCAGCCAGAAAUUCAAGAAGACUGGAAACCCCAGGUUUAACACUUCCACUCCCCUGAAGACAUUUUUGUUCUGCUGGGGACCCUAUGGAGUUCUUGCCUUCUACGCUGCUGUUGAAAACGCCAACUUGGUCUCUCCCAAAAUUAGGAUGUUGGCUCCUAUUCUGGCAAAGACCUCUCCCACCUUCAAUGUUUUCGUGUACGCCCUGGGCAAUGAGAACUACAGAGGAGGCAUCUGGCAGUUCCUCACUGGGGAAAAGACUGAAGUGCCUCAAAUUGAGAACAAGCUCAAAUAA